AUGAUCACACAGGACCCAGUCAAGCGAGUCGCGUUUGAAAGAAAGUGCAUUGAAGAUAAGCGCAGCGAUGAGAAAGGAGUCAUUCUAUUACAAGACAAUCCUAGCAGCAGAGGCCACUGUCGUUUCUGGGAGUGCGUUCCUACCAAGUUAAAUAAUAUCAGUUCUGCAUUUCGUUUCGAUGUUAAGGACCUUUCCGGUCGACAUUAUGAACCGAACAUGCACUAUCAUGUGUCAUUUAUGGAGCAAAUAUUUCCCAACCUGAGUGUUUUGGUAGAGCGGGAGGUUUUGCAGAUGGAAGUCGGGGUCACCCAGCUCACCUCAGCCAGCUGA